GUGCUACCAGACGACGAUCCGGGCGCGCACGCCGGCAUUCCUGUGUUCAAGCCUACCUAUGAUGAAUUCAAGGACUUUGACGUCUAUAUGGAGCGCGUAGCCCCAUGGGGACAACGCUCGAGUAUUGUCAAGAUCAUCCCGCCGCAGGAGUGGGUUGAUGCAGUCCGUCUCGUCGACGCUCGCGCAAUGAGCCAGCUCCAGAUCAGAAGCCCCAUCGAGCAGCAGAUGCUCGGCAAGAACGGCGUGUUUGUCCAGCGCAACAUUGAGCGCAACCGCAACCGCCCGCUCAGCGUGCGGGAGUGGUUCAACAAAUGCGCACAUGAUGACUUCAAGACUCCCGACCCACGGCAAGGCGAUCGCACUGUUGACCGCGACUCGAAGGACGCGCGCGCGUGGCAGCGCGAACGCGCCGCUGCUGUCAAGGCCGAGAAGAGCGCGAAGCGCGCGGCCGCACUGAAGCGCAAGCAGGAGCGCGACGCGAAGAAGGCCGAGGAGAAGAAGAAUGCGGAAGGCGCCAAGGACUCGAGCUCGUUCCGCUCCCCACCUGCCGGCCAGGUCGGCGGUGAGGACGACAUCCCAGCCCUCGAGAACUCCUCGCACACUUCGCACUCGGACGGCGAGCCCAUCGCUACGCCCGAAGGCACACCCCCCGCCGAGCGAGGUGCGAAACGCGACAUGGAGGAGAAACUGCCCCCAGUCGACCCGUUCUACGAGACCGUCGACUUUAAGAAGGACUGGCUGCCUGCGGGGGCAACCCAAGACGAUUUUACUGUAGCUGGGUGUUCGAACAUUGAGAAGAGGUUCUGGAAGUCUAUCGGCAUGGCGCGCUCGAGCUGGUACGGCGCCGAUCUGGCGGGAUCGCUCUUCGCCGACCCCAAGACGCCAUGGAACGUAGCGCACCUCCCCAACCUCCUGCAGCGUCUCAAGGGCAAGCUCCCUGGUGUCAACACGCCUUACCUUUACUUCGGCAUGUGGCGCGCGGCUUUCUCGUGGCACGUGGAGGACAUGGACCUCUUCUCGAUCAAUUACAUCCACUUUGGCGCUCCCAAGUUCUGGUACGCGGUCCCGCAGGCCGAGGCCGAGCGCUUCGAGACUGUUACUAGAAGCUAUUUCCCUAACGACGCCAACACCUGUGACCAGUUCAUGCGGCACAAGAGCUGCACUCUGUCGCCAACCAAGCUCGCGCAGGAGGGCAUUCGCGUCAACAAGCUCGUCCAGCACCAGAACGAGUUUGUCAUUACAUUCCCCCGCGGCUACCACGCCGGCUUCAACAUGGGCUUCAACUGCGCUGAGAGUGUAAACUUCGCGCUUCCGUACUGGCUUGAAAUUGGCAAGCGGGCCAAAGCCUGCACCUGCGUCAACUUCAGCGUGCGCAUUGACGUCGAUCGUCUGCUUCAGUCGCCAGAGCCAGAGCCAGAGGAGGCAUCGAAGCCGAAACGAAAGCGCAAGUCCACGGACUCAACAACUACAACACCUCGACAGCCACGUGUCCGAAGGCGACGGACGGAGGCGUCUUCAGUCGCACCAUCUGGACCACCGACAGAGGCUGAUGCGGCUGAGGUCAAGACAGAGGCGCCGGCACCUGUCAAGAUCGUGCUGCGGAUUCCUCAGCCGCCAGGACCAAGGCAGCCCGAAGCCAAGUCCGGCAUAACUCGUGAGGCACCCAAGCCGCCUUGCAUCCUUUGCCCCUCACUGGCCACCGACGAUCUCGCCCCAGUGUACCAGCCGUCGGAUGCGAUCCGCGCGCUGUCCUCCACCCCCGCCGUGAAUGCGCACGUCUCAUGUGCCAUCGCUGUCCCCGAAGUUUACACCGAGGAGAUCGACAUGGGCGACGGCAACACGGCCGUGUACAUCAGGGGCCUUGACGACAUCGGCAAGGACCGCUGGAAGCUCAAGUGCUCGCAUUGUGUCGACAAGCGCUCCGCGCUAACAGGCACCAAGAUCCAGUGCACGAAGGGCAAGUGCGUGCGCGCCUUCCACAUCCCCUGCGCCCGCAACCACCCCCAGGUGUCGUACUGGGCCGGCGAGAAGCUUGUCGACGGCAAGCCGACGUUCGCUGUCGAGCUUUUGUGCCCCUCUCACAACCCUGAUGUCGUGCAAAUGAAGAAGCGGAAAGCGCAGGACGAACUUCACCGCAAGGUCAUGGGUUUGAAGAGCGGCGCAACCGUGAAGAUCAAGCUUAAGGGCGGCGCCUCGAUCGAGGCUACGCUUGUCAGCGUGGACGAAGCGAGCUCGACAGUUCUUGUUCAGUACGCCGACGGA